AUUAUUUUGGCGGUUUGAUUCUUCCACGCUGCCCUGUUAAGUUCGAGAGGUGUAGAAGCUGCCUGUUUACGGAAAUUUGGAUCAGAACACUAAUUGAUUCCGCAGCCAGGUAACAGCUCAUUAAAGCUAAAUAUGGCCACUACAAAAGAGUACACCAACGAAGAACUGAAUUAUUACCGGAUUUGCUAUCUCACCACUGAUAUAAUUACCGAGGGUCUGCGAACAAUCUUCAAACAGGAAUGGAAUAGUCGUCACAAGGCAACAUUAGGUGAAUGGAAAGACAAGCCAAAAAAUGGUCAGGACUUCAAGAACAGUGAAUCUCCACGCAAGCAAAGGGAAAAAGCCCAUCUUCUGGACACCAUGGUCAAUGGAAACAGUGCUGAAUGGGAUUGUACCAUGCUUUUUUAUGCCAUUCUUUUCUCCGAUUGUAUUGGGAAUGGUCUCAAUCCAACUAUAAAAUCAAAAGUGGAUGAUCUCAGAAAGUUCCGUAAUGAAGAUUUUGCACACAUGCCACACGGCCACCUCACAGAUGCAGAGUUUCAAAAUGCUAUCAAUAAAGUUGAAGUAGCCUUCCAAGCUCUUGGCCUCUCCACACACCAAAUUCAAGUGGUUUACCAUCAGACAAGUUUCCCCACUGAGGAACUGAGUAAUGUGUUAAAAAAGGUUGAGGUACUUGAAGCUCAGUUAAACAAAGAAAUUUCGUCCUUCUGCGUCCUUCCGCCUAAACCUUCACACGAAGUUGCAAAUCGUGAAUUUGAGGUGGCUGGAAUUUCAAAACAGUUGGAAGAGCUCAAAGAGGCCAAUGAGAACAGAUUGAGUUACUUGUACAUCUCUGGCAACCCAGGAAGUGGCAAAUCUCAGUUAGCUGGUCUCGUGGGGAAGAGAUACUUUGAUGUAGUAAAUUCAAUUCCAAAUUCUACAGUUUUUGUGAUGACGGCAAAUGCUGAAAGCCCAAGCACUCUUCUAGAAUCGUAUAUCUCCUUGGCGCGAAAGCUUAAGUGCCCAGAAUAUGCCACUACUAACACACUUAACUCUCCAGAUUUAAACUCAGAUGAGAAGAUUGCUCAUAUGAAGUCCUUAAUUGGCACAAAAAUCCAGCUUUACAGCUCUUGGCUCCUAGUUGUUGACAACGUCAAAAGCAUUUCUAAGAUUCAUGCGUAUUUGCCAGAGUCUGGAGAUGAACAGUGGGCAAGGGGUCAGUUGUUGAUCACAACACAAGACACCAUGUCUGUUCCGCCAAUGAACUCUUUUACUAGUCAUUUAUCUUUUAGCAAAGGUAUGGAGCCCCAUGAUGCCAUGACCUUACUUGAAAAGCUUUCUGGUAUCUCAGAUUAUGACACAAAGAAGCUUGCACAAGUAUUAGACUACCAGCCGCUUGCCUUAGCAAUUGCCGCAACCUAUGUCAGAGAGGCUCAGCAGAAUAGAGCGAAUUUUGGAUGGAGUGAUUACCUAAAAAGACUUGAGGAAGGCCGAAGAGGGGCGACUGCAAACAUUUUCAUUGAAACUAACCAAACUUACCCAAAAUCAAUGACUGAGGUAUUAGAGAUAGCUGUUCAAGAGGCAAUGGAAUCCACCAAUGUUGUACUCAAGCACACUGUUACUUUGUUGUCCUUGUGUGCAGCACAGCCAUUAAAUCUUGAGAUAGCAGUAAAUUACAUUUGCAAUGUAGAAAUAGAUUUGCAAGAUGAAGAAAACAUUAGGAUGAAGAUUCGAAGAUGCCCUCUGUUGCUAUUUGACGAAGAGGAGAGUGGUGUCUGCAUUAGAGUACAUCAGGUUACACACGAUGCUAUCUGCAGGUUGAUAAAAGCAAAGUCUGAAGAAGGUGAAUUAUUAGCCUUAAAUGCGACGGUUGAGGCCAUGUUCAAGUUUCUGAAAGAUAAAAAUGAGCUAAUUGGCUUGAAAAAAUUUUAUUCAUGUGAGAAAGGCAGACAUAUUGAACUUCAUGCUAGCACAUUGAUGAGAAAAAUUGGAAGAUUUGAAUAUUUAAAGGAAAACAUUUCUGAGGUUGCAGGAAAUGAUAUCUAUAAAAUGUUUUGUGAUGUACACAUUAAGGCAGUAGCCUUAUCUCUUCGUGUUCAGGCUGAAAUUCUAGAAAUAGAAUAUCAUGAUGGUUUAUCAGGAUUGUGUAUAUUAGUCUGAGAAAGCUUGGAUCACAGCAUUCCCUUGUUGCAGGGACCUUAGUGACCUGGAUCAAGCCAACAAGUAUCAUGAUCAUGCAAUGAUUAUUCAUCGAGAAAAUCUCAGAACUGAAGAUAUCUAUUCUUCAACAUGCAAUAUCCUGUGAGAUAUGUUUGAAAGUGUGGGUAAUCUUUCUCAUGGAAAAGAGCAGCUGCUGCAUCAUGCAGCAGCUAAAUUAUACUUGAACGAUUCAGUACAGUUUUAUGAGGCAAUUAAUUCAAACCUUCAACAUCUCUCCUCCUCCCUCCCUGAAACCCAUGGGCAUUUGAUUGUUGUCUGUACCUGGGGGGUGGGGAAUUUAAACCAGAACUGUCAAGUCUUUCCAGACUUCCAGCAGAAUGUUGAAGCUUUGAUUUGAUCAUUGCACCAGUCCAGUUAAAAAUUUAAUUGCUUGAGAACUCUCUGCUAUUAAUGGGUGGAUUUUGUUUACAAUAGAAAUUAAGCUUCAACACAUCCACGAUUAGUGACAAAAAAAAAAAACUGUCAG